AUUUAUAUCUCUGCAAUAUCCAGCAAUGGUAGAGUCAGUCACAACGGAAGAUAAAUCUGGGUUAACCAGCAGCAAAAAGACAAAGAAGAGGCUUCUUUUGGUAGUGAUUGCUGCGUCAAACUUCUGCGUCCUGUGCUGUGUCUCGCUCAUUGCACCGUUCUACGCAAUAGAGGCUGCCAAAAAGGGCGUGGGUGAAACCGUCAUCGGGGUCAUCUAUGGCUGCUCUGAAUUUGUCAUUUUUCUGACAUCGCCCAUUAUUGGAUACCUGCUGUCCAAGUUCAGUCCACGCUCCUUCUAUAUUGUUGGACUCUGGAUGUUUGGCAUUUGUGAAGUACUGUUCGGAUGGAUGAACCGGCUUCCUGCAGGUCCCUUGUUUGUUGUUCCUUGUCUAGUUCUUAGAACAGUAGAAGCCUUGGGAACGGCAGCAGUUCUGACAUCGAGUUUUGCGAUUGUUGGACACACGUUUCCCGAAACCGUCGUUUCCGUAUAUGGCAUACUGGAGACGGUGGUUAGCCUCGGGUUUAUGGCUGGACCAGCAAUUGGAGGAGGACUCUAUCAGUUAGGAGGGUAUGGACUUCCCUUCUGGGCCCUUGGUACAUGUACAGUUUUCUUUGGAUGUGUCUCCUAUGCUCUUCUCCCUACUCUGGACCACGUUGAGUCGACGAAGAACUCAAGUUUACCGCUUCUACGUUCCCCGGAAGUUUGGUUUGGUAUAUGCAGUAUAUUUGUUGCUCUCUUUGCCACUGUUAUCAUGCACCCCGUGUAUGCGGAGCAUCUUGGGCAGUUCAACCUGACCCAAAGUGAGAUUGGCUUUGCUUUUGCAGCAUGCCCGGCUGCCUUUUCAGUCUCGUCAAUGACCUGUGGAUACCUUCUGGAAAACUGUGCACCAGCCGUUCCGGUGUUGGUUGCUGGCAUGAUUUGUGGAGCAAUUAUAUAUUUGUUUCUUGGACCAGCUCCCUUCAUAUGUGUAUCAAGCACAUUGUGGUUAAGUGUACUGACUGUAGGGCUCGUUGGAUUGUGCACGGCUCCAAUCGUUGUCAGCUCGAUCAAAUACAUCUUCGCACAAGCAAGACGCCUAGGAUACAGUGAAAGCAAUGCUACUUUCGGCAUGAUUUCGGGCACAAUUCACGCCGCUAACUAUCUAGGAACGUUUACUGGUCCUCUAGUCGGCGGUGUCCUCACAGAACACUUCGGGUUCGCUUGGGCAAUGACAUCUUGCAUUCCUGUACUCAUGCUUCCGUUACUCUUGUUUGGACCAUUGCUGUUGUUCAGGUGGAGGAAUCUGUCCACUCAACCACCUCAAUAUAACAAGAAUUACACAAUAUUGGAAGGUCAAAACACAGCGAACGGUGACAUCCGAUGAUAACGUUAUGCCCACAGUCCAUAUCUAACCGUAAUACCCGCAGUGCAUAUCUAGUUAUAAUGCCCACAGUCCAUAUCUAGCCGUAAUACCCGCAGUGCAUUUCUAGCCGUAAUACCC